AUGUCAACCGCGGGAAGCUCGACAUUCAGUCCUCUUCUCUCUGAAGCAACUCUCCCUCGCAGUGUUCUACAUAAUUACACAGCCCGCGAUGCCUCUUCAGAGUACUGCGGCUGUCUGAAUGGGGGCUGGUGUCAGGAGGGGGGGGUGUGUGACUGUGCACAGUUCCAGGCCCUCGGAGACCGCUGCCAGAUCAUUCCUAACCAGGGCCAGGACAGAGAUGGGAUCUGCAGGUCUUGGGGUCAGUACCACUAUGAGACGUUCGAUGGCAGCUACUUCUACUACCCUGGGACCUGCUCCUACAUACUGUCCCAGGACUGCCGCUCAGCCACACCACAGUACACAGUGUGGGUCCAUAACAGCCGUGUGUGUGAGGGCAGUGUGUACUCCUGUCCCAGGGCUCUCAGUCUCUUCUUCCCCAACGAGGAGGAGAUCCACAUCUCUGGAUACCAAGUCCACCAGGGGGGUCGCAGGCUGAGCCUACCCCAGACAAUAGGAGGUGUGUUUAUAGAGCGUCUGGCUGACUACCUGUUGGUGAAGAGCGUUUUUGGCUUCUCUCUGGCGUGGGAUGGGAGCGGAGUAUAUCUGAAGAUGUCUGAACAGCACCACGGCACCCCCUGUGGCCUUUGUGGGAACUACAACAACCUGCCCAAUGAUGACCUCACCACAGCCCGCGGCGUGCAGACAGAGGAGCCAGCAGUGUUUGCUAACAGCUGGUCAGUCGAUCUGCCCCAUGAGAGAGGCUGCCCUCUAGUGGACAUAGACUUCACUGGACCCUGUCACUCUGAGUCUGACAUGGACGAUGCCAUAGAGAAGUGCAGUGCUCUCCUGUUCUUCCCCUUCCUGUCCUGUCAUGAGAACAUCGACCCAAACCCCUACGUGGCUAGCUGUGUCUCCGACCUCUGUGUGUCAGAUGAGGAGGAGACGUUUUGCCGUGCGCUGGUGGAGUACGCACGAGCCUGCAGCCAUGUAGGAUACCCUGUACGAGAAUGGAGAGACAGCUUCCCAUCCUGCAAUGAUGGCUGUGAGGAGAGUUUUGUCCAUAGAGACUGUAUCAGCUGCUGCCCUCCCACCUGUACCUUUGAUAAGGAGUGUCUAGGAACUAACCUGCACUGUCUGGAUGGAUGCUACUGCCCUGAUGGGUUGAUUCUGCAGAAUGGGACUUGUAUCGCUGUGUCUCAGUGUCCUUGUGUCUACCACGGCACCUCAUACACACAGGGAUACACUCUGGAGCAGGGCUGCAGCGUCUGUGUGUGUAUGGGGGGAGUGUGGAACUGCACGGACAACAACUGUACAGCGGAGUGUUCAGUAGUAGGUGACGUGUUUGUGACAUCGUUCGAUGGGAGGAUGUUCCUGCAGCCAGGGGCGUGUCAGUACGUCUUGGCCAAGAGCCGCAGCGGCAGCAGAUUCACUGUCACACUGCAGUAUACCACCUGCACGAAGGCCCAGCAGCAGGUGUGUAUCCAGUCAGUGACGGUGGUUCUGGAUGAAGAUGCUAAUCACCAGGUGACGCUGACCCGAGAGGGGGAAGUGCUUAUAGGUGUCAACCCCGCCCCCGCUUUGCCCUACACCGUUGAGGUACGGAGGUUAACGUCAGUGUUCGUCCAGCUGAGGACGUUGUUUGGCCUGCGUCUGCAAUAUGACGGGCGUGGUGGGCGUGUCUAUCUACAGCUGGACAGCCAAUGGCGUAGCAACACGCUGGGCCUUUGUGGAACCUUCAACGGAAACCUGCGGGAUGACUUCCUGUCUCCAGCAGGGAUGAUAGAGGGGACUCCCCAGCUCCAUGCUAACUCCUGGAGAGUCUCAUCUGCUUGCACCGCCCCCGUCAACCAGCCCAUCAUUGACCCCUGUGAGAUAAAUCAGCACAACGGUAACCUCUUGUUCUACGCCUCUCUGUGUGAGGUGUUGUUGGGCAGUGUGUUCUCUCCAUGCCAUGGUUACGUCAGUUCCAGUGUGUACCAGCAGCAGUGUCGCUACCAGGCCUGUCGCUGUGGUAACGCCUGUCUGUGUACGGCCCUGGCCCACUAUGCCUAUCUCUGCUCCAAACACAAUGUCACUGUCAACUACAGGGCCCACGUCUCAGAGUGUGGGAUGGUGUGUUUGGGUGGGAUGCUGUACCAGUCCUGUGUGUCGUACUGCGGUGGGUCCUGCCGCUCCCUCUCCAGUGGAGAGACCUGUAACCAUGACGACUGUGCUGAGGGGUGUGGCUGCUCCGAGGGCAGUUACUACGACGACGUACGACAACGCUGCGUUCAGCCGUCACAGUGUCAUUGUUACUCUAUCGGAGGGGUGUCCCAGCCAGGGAGGUAUCCUUCAGCGCCCGCAGGCCCUUGCCUGUGCAGGAAUGGAAGGAUGGAGUGUGUACCAGAAGAAAGAGAGCCGGAGCGAGGCCGGUGUCCAGGGGGAAAGGUGUUCCACAGCUGCUCUCAGCCCCAGGGGUUCCACGGGUUCCAGGGGGCGCCGGCCUGGCGAGGAGGUGUGGCCUGUGAACUCACCUGUCGGAACCUGAUGUUGAAUCUGACCUGUCCUCCCACCACACCCUGUAUACCUGGCUGUGUCUGCCCACAAGGGCUGGUGCUGCACCGUGGGGAGUGUUACUACCCAGAAAACUGUCCCUGUGUCUGGCUGGGCCUGGAGUAUCUGCCAGGAGAGACCGUCGACACCCCCUGUUACAGAUGUGUGUGUCACCGGGGGUAUUUUAACUGUAGUCACAGUCCGUGUGCGGCUGUGUGUACGGUCUACAGUGACAGACACUACCACACCUUCGACGGCCUGGAGUACGACUACCACUCAGACUGUCAGGUCUACCUACUCAAGAGUAUAGAUGGUGAGGUGUCCAUCGUGGCCCAGAAUAAGGAUUGUUAUCAGAGUGGGAUCAUCUGUAUGAAGAUGCUGGUCAUCCAUGUUGGAUUCACCAAGAUCUACUUCAACGACAACUCAGGCCAGCCUAGUCCAUCCAGUGUGGUCGGUAAGGGCUCUGAAUUUGAGCUGUGGUCAGCAGGCUACUACACAGCAAUCCACUUUCCCUACCAGAACCUAACCAUUCUCUGGGACCGCAAGACAACCGUACACAUCAGAGUUGGACCACAUUGGAAGGGUCUCCUGAGUGGUCUGUGUGGGAACUUUGACAGUGUGACAGUGAAUGACAUGACCACAUCCAGUCACAUGGAGGUCAGCAAUGCUCAGGGCUUCGGAGACAGCUGGGCCCUGGGACAGUGUGAGAGUGACUAUGUGGUGAAGAGAGCGUGUGAAGGAGACCUGGGUAGACAGCCGUACGCCAAGAGAGAGUGUGCUCUACUCUACAGUGAUGUCUUUACUCCCUGUCACAAUGUGGUGGAUGUCUCAUGGUUCUAUACGAACUGCUUGACAGACACUUGUAACUGUAAUCGAGGCGGAGACUGUGAGUGUCUGUGUACGUCCAUCGCUGCCUAUGCACACACCUGCUGUCAACACGGUGUUACUGUGGUCUGGAGAAACCCCUCUGUCUGUCCCUAUGACUGUGAAUACUACAACCAAGAGUUAGGUGAAGGUCCAUUCUCAGUGGUCAGUGCUGUGUUUAAUGCUACAGUCUUCGGUGUGAACAGAACCAGUGGGUCAGUGUUUCCUCUAGUUAGGGAGUUCGUAGGUGGGCUGCCUCCCCCUGGACUACUCUUUAACUUCAUGAUCACAGCAGGACUACAGAAGGACCGCACAUCACGUCUCCCGGUGAUCUCUCUGGAGUCAGCGGAGCGUCCUAACUACUUCCUGGUUGUUUCGGACCGCGCUGGGCUGCGGUUGGAGCAGUGGACAAGAGGGGAGAAGUUUGGCCGCAGGGCUUCCUUCCUACAGCACCAGGGGCUGUUCCUGCCUGGCCACACCUCCUUAGAGCUGAUUGGUCAGCCGGGAGUGUUCCUGACUCUGACACGCACGUCUGCACGCGCUCAGAGAUACGACAACUCAGACAACUUCAAGACCAGCAGCUCCUUUACCCUGGAGGAGAGCAGUUUUUUGAUCCCGUACCGUAUGAUGUGUGAGUGGCGCUACCAUGCAUGUGCCAGUCCUUGUGUUCGUACAUGCAGCGACCUCACCGCCACACGCUGCCACUUCCUGCCCCCGGUGGAGGGCUGUUUCCCUCGCUGCCCCAAAAACCUGGUUCUUGAUGAGGUCACCAGGAGAUGUGUCUACACAGAGGACUGUGUGUCCCUUCCUCCCACUCCUACACCCUAUGCCUUCGUAAACCAACUAACCACCACCCCCACUACUACCACUACAGCCCUCACUACUACCACUACAGCCCCCACCACUACCACUCCCCCGUACUCCUACCGUGUAGAUGAGUGUACAGAGCUGAUCUGUUUUAAUGGGGAGCUGCUCCUCCAUAACUCCUCCCUCCACUGUCGGUACAACACCACUCCUCCUCGCUGCUCUCUGCUGGGCAUGGCUGUCCUCACCAACACCGACCCCUGCUGCCCGCUCUGGCAGUGCCCCUGUCGCUGCUCGGUGAUGUCAGACCUGCGUGUGAUAACGUUUGACGGUAACAACGUGGCGCUGUAUGAUAAUGGCUCCUACAUCCUGGUCUACCUGCCCAGAGAGAACAUCAUAGGAACAGUGGAUAAAUGCCCUACCAGCCAGAGCGUCAACUCCAUCAGACGACCGAGCCCUAGUGGUGGGACGUCAGGUUUGUGUUUUAAGAAGUUGAACAUCACUACUCCGUCCUACAGGAUUAUCAUCAACCGCCUAGACCGCAAGGUGUCAGUGAACCACAUCAAAGCACGGCUGCCAUUCUCCCGCAAGGCCUUGUCAGUAGAGGACACAGGCAGUAUGUACCUGAUCACCACUCCUGGAGGAGUCAAUAUACAGUGGUACCACAGCACUGGAAUCAUGGUGCUGCAAUACACCACCCCCUCCAAUACAUCUGCUCCUACUAGAGGCCUCUGUGGGUGUUGUGACGGGAACCCGGCGGAUGACCUGAAGCUGCCUAACGGUACGGUGGUGAGGGAGGUGGCAGACCUGGGUCUGUUCCUGCAGGCCUGGAGGGUCCAAACCUCAGAGGACACAGAACACACACGACGCAUCGGAGACAACUGUACCACUGGAGACUGCUCUACCUGUCUCUCCAUGCUCAGACAGAGACCCUUCACUCCCUGCCACAGCAAGGUCUCUCCAGAACAGUUCUGUGAUGUGAUGUGGGCAGGCGACCUUCACUAUAAGGCCCACCAGUGUGACUUCCUGGCAGCCUACGUAGCUGUCUGCUACACUUACCAAGUCUGCAUCACCUGGAGACGACACAACUUCUGUCCAUUGAGGUGUCCCCCAGGUAGGGAGUACCAGGCGUGUGUGUCGACCUGUACCACCCGGACCUGUCAGAACAGAGAGUUCUAUGAGGAGACCACCUGCUCCCACAUCAGAGAGGAGUGUGUGUGUCGCUCUGGAACCAUCCUGCACCGAGCAGACUCCUCUUACUGCGUCACAGAGGAGCAGUGUGUGUGCACUGAUAACGAGGGGUCUCCGCGGGCCCCUGGGGAGGUGUGGAACGGGUCAUUGCGUAGCUGCUGUCUGUUCCGCUGCCUGGAGAACGGUUCUGUGGUGGCAGUAGAACCUGACUGUAGCAUUAGUCCCACUCUGCUGUGUGAGAGGGAGGGAGAGUACGUACUGGAUGUCCUGGAGGAGGGGGCUUGCUGCCCCAAGAAGAUCUGUGAAUGUAAUCUGACCAUCUGUGAGAGUGAGGCUCCGCCCUGUGAGAAUGGGAACCGGCUGGUAAUUGGUUACAGUGCCCUGUCCUGCUGCCCAGAGUACCGUUGUGAGUGCGACCCCCAUGCCUGUCCCCCCCUCACCGCCCCUGACUGUAGAGAAGAUCAGUUCCUAGUGGAGGUUCGUGAGGACAACUCCUGCUGUUACUCCUUCCUGUGUGUGUGUGAGUCGUGUAUCGAGCCCGUGCCGUCCUGUUCUUAUGGAGAGAUACUGGCUGUGGAUCAGAACACCACCCACAGCUGCUGCCCUCAAUACCACUGUGUGUGUGACGUGAACCUGUGUCCUGAGUCGUCUCUGAGCUGUUCUCCUGGUCUGUCUCUGAUCCAAACAACCCUACCUGGACACUGCUGCCCCGACCGUCACUGUGAGUGCCAGUGUGAGGACAGCUCUCUCCCAGUCUGUCAGGUGGGGGAGGUACAGGUGGAGGUCGCAGACAGCAGAAGCACCUGUGGCUGCCUCCUCUACACCUGCAAGAAGGCAGAGGUGUGUGUGUUCCAGGGAGUCACGGUGCUGGGUCCGGGCCAGAGCCUGAUUCAGUACUAUGAAGGAGAGCUGUGUUACACCGUCCAUUGUCUGACACAUCGUGACACACACACUGGAUACUAUGCCAUGGACGUGUCCGCUGUCAACUGCUCUCAGAAGUGUGGCCAGCACCAGCUGUACGUAGCAUCAUCAGAUCCUCAGGUGUGCUGUGGCUCCUGUAAGAAUGUCUCCUGUUCUUUCAACAACGACAACGGAACCACUGAGCUCUUCACUGCAGGGAGCUCCUGGGUGGAUAACUGUACGCGGUAUGAUUGUGUGGAGACGACAGUGGGAACUGUGAUGCUGGCCUCAGGGGUGGUCUGCCCCCCCUUCAACGACACAGAGUGCACUCAGAAUGGGGGCGUGGUCCAGAGCUAUGUGGAUGGCUGCUGCAGGACGUGUAAGGAGGACGGUAAGACGUGUAAGCGUGUGGCAAUCCGAACCACCAUCAGAAAAGACGACUGCAGGAGCAACGCACCGGUGACAGUGUUUUCAUGUGAUGGGAAAUGUCCGUCUGCCACCAUCUUUAACUUCAACAUCAACAGCCACGCCCGCUUCUGUAAGUGCUGCAGGGAGAGUGGACUACAAACCCGCUCCGUCACCCUGUACUGCUCACACAACGCUACCCUGGUGGCCUACAGCUUCCAGGAGCCUGUCGACUGCUCCUGCCAAUGGAACUAGAGAGAGAACGAAGCUAGUCAGUGUGAGCUCCAGUAUGGCGUUCAAUAGGAGGGAUGGAAGAUGGAACAGAGGUUAGAGGUCAGAGGUCAGAGCAGACAGGUCAAGCGUCCAGGUAGGCGAGUUCUUUAGUCUUCCUUCAGUGUGUUGUGGAGGGCUGUAUUCUGACCUGUUAUAGUGACCCUGUCGUUCCAGAUGUGUAGUGGUGUAACCUGUUCCUACUAUACUAUGAGAACACUAGUCCUAUCUGUACUGCUGUAGCCUGCUCCUCUCGGACUUUAUCAUGUUUAGAUCAAUUGGUCCGAGCUGACAGGACCGCUGCUGCUGCUUUAGUAUGGAUCUAGUGCUCUCUUGAUGACUGACAUGUUUUAAAUGCCGAUCAAAUUUCUUUUUUUUUUCUUUUUUUACAAGUGUAAAGCUUUUAUACAAAAAUAUUUCUAUUUAACUCAAUCAAUUAUUUAGUAAGGUGAUAAUCCACCUAAGCAUCUGAUGGUAGAUGAUCCAUAUUUCAACAGAACACUGUAUUUGUUGUGUUGUUUAAUGUGAAGCAUGGGCCAGUAAUCAGUAUGUGCUGAUGCCAUCAGAUAGACUAGAGUCUCUAGUCAUACAGAACCUCUCAGAAUAAAACAAUAAAACAUUUA